GACACUGUUGCACUACGUAGGGCGUAGAAGUUAAUAUUUCAUAGUCUGGGAAAGUGCGCGUAUCUAGGGAGCAGGGCAGCUUUUUGUGAUUUAGCCAACGCACUAGUGGUUUUGAGUUGAGUUGCCCAGUAGAGAGAGCUGUCUCUGUCGGUAGCCUGUUUUUCCUCUGUGCUUUACUGAAAGCGGAUAUUGUAAAGUACAGUGAGAGACAGAGAGAAGCCAUCAGACGGAGUUGUCGUGCCAAUCUGGGCGAACGGAUCUCCCUUCCCGGCCUGGCCAUGGACGAACAGGCGGGCCCCGGUGUCUUCUUUAACAAUAACAAUAACUCGGCUUUAGCCGGCGGAGCGAAAGCGGUUCAGCAGCCGGGCGACGGAGGCGGAGAGGCGGUGAGGGCGCAGUAUAAUAUCCCGGGGAUUCUGCACUUUCUGCAGCACGAAUGGGCCCGUUUCGAGGUGGAGAGAGCACAGUGGGAUGUGGAACGGGCCGAAUUACAGGCUCAGAUUGCCUUCCUACAGGGUGAGCGGAAAGGCCAGGAGAACCUGAAGAAGGAUUUGGUGAGGAGGAUCAAGAUGCUGGAGUAUGCUCUGAAGCAGGAAAGGGCAAAAUACCACAAGCUGAAGUAUGGGACUGAACUCCUGCAGGGAGACAUGAAAGCACCGAGCUAUGAUUCAGAUGAUGGCAAUGAGAAUGAGGCUCUUCCAGAACCCCCUAACAGCCAGCUGAGCUGGAAACAAGGACGGCAGCUUCUGAGGCAGUACCUCCAGGAGGUGGGCUACACGGACACUAUCCUGGAUGUGAAGUCUCAGAGGGUGAAGGCGUUACUGGGGCUGACGGGAGACAGUGUGGAGCGAGCUGGAGAACGAAGGACAGAGCCCAUGGUGAACGGCACGGAGCCUUCGUCUCUGAAGGAAAGCACCACCAACAUGAUGGGGAAACCGGAAAUGUCUGACUCAGCGACGGUCCUGGAGGCCUUCAAGUUCAUUGAGAGCGCGGCUGCAGAGUUCAGUGAUGAGGAGGAGGAUGAAGACAGUGACGGGAGGGAAAAGACCAUCAUUGACUUGGCAACAAUGAUGAGGAAGAAGGUGUCCCCGUCUCCUUCCUCUUCCUCCUCCUCAGCUGAUUUGAGUGAUGACCCAGACACUGAGGAGGCACUGAAGGGGUUUGACUUCCUGGCCAGCAGUGAGGACAUGGAGGGCUCGCCAGAAUCUCCUGCCACCGGAGACAUGGCUGAUUGGGAGAAGGAGCCAAACGCCAUGACCGAGGCCUGGGAGGUGGACCAGAGCCUGAUCUCGAAACUCAAGGAGCAGUACAGGAAGGAGCGCAAGGGCAAAAAGGGGGUGAAGAGGCCGAACAGGUCCAAGCUGCAGGACAUGCUGGCUAAUCUGAGAGAUGCAGAGGAUCUUCCCUCCAUGCAGCCCCCUGUGGCUCCCCCUGCCAGGCCCAGCUUACCCCGCCUCAACGAGCAUGAUCUCGGCCGUGCUGAUGAAGUGGAAGCUCUUACGUUCCCUCCAUCCACUGGUAAAUCGUUUAUAAUGGGAGCGGAUGAGGCUCUGGAGAAUGAGCUGGGACUGGGAGAGUUGGCUGGACUCACUGUAGCUAAUGAAGCUGAGAGUCUGGCCUACGAUAUCACUAACAACAAAGACGCUCUGAGGAAGACGUGGAACCCCAAGUUCACCCUGAGGAGCCAUUUUGACUCCAUCCGCAGUCUGGCGUUCCACCCUCAAGAGCCGGUGCUGGUCACAGCUUCGGAGGAUCACACGCUGAAGAUGUGGAACCUGCAGAAAACAGCUCCUGCCAAAAAGUGUGCUGCUCUUGAUGUGGAGCCCAUUUACACAUUCCGAGCUCACAGGGGUGCAGUUCUGUGUGUGGUCAUGAGCAGUAACGGAGAGCAGUGCUUCAGUGGAGGAAUGGACGGAACCAUUCAGAGCUGGAACACUCCUAAUCCCAAUAUUGACCCCUAUGACUCGUAUGAGCCGUCUGUGCUGAGAGGGGCGCUCUGUGGUCACACUGACGCAGUGUGGGGUUUAGUCUACAGCUCAGCCCACCAGCGGCUGCUGUCCUGUUCGGCAGACGGGACGGUGCGACUUUGGAAUGCUGCAGACACAUCACCUGCCCUUGCUGUCUUUAAUGAGGACACAGAGUUGGGCAUCCCCUCCUCUGUGGAUCUUGUGUGCAGUGAGCCGGCUCACAUGGUGACAGCCUUUAGUAACGGCAGGACAGGCAUCUUCAACAUGGAGACGCGGCAGCUGGUGCUGGAGCUGGAGUCUCAGAACGCAGGGGAGCCAGAUGCCCCUCGUCAGAUCAACAAAGUGCUGAGCCACCCGACACUGCCCAUCACCAUCACAGCACAGGAGGACCGCCACAUCCGCUUCUUCGACAACAACACAGGAAAACUUAUUCACUCCAUGGUGGCUCAUCUGGACGCUGUGACCAGCUUAGCAGUGGAUCCUAAUGGCCUCUACCUAAUGUCUGGUAGUCACGACUGCUCCAUCCGUCUGUGGAACAUGGAGAGCAAGACCUGCAUUCAGGAGUUCACCGCUCACAGGAAGAAGUUUGACGAGUCGAUCAAUGAUGUGGCGUUCCACCCCACCAAGUGCUACAUCGGCAGCGCCGGAGCCGACGCCCUCGCCAAAGUCUUUGUAUGACCUCUGACCUCUGUGGCCUUGAGGAAGGAACAUGGACCCUAAUGGCAAAGACGAGAGUUGCCUUUUAGACAGAGGAUUUCCCUCCUUGCUUUGGAAUUUGUGAUGAUGAAUAAAGAGAAGGCUUGUCAGGUGGACGUCACUCCAGCCCUCUUUACCCACAAACCCUCUGUCUGAAACGCAUAACCCCUCGUCCAGGCAGGCCUGGGUGGGGGAAUAGGAUGGAGCCACUAUAACACUGCAGCCCAGUACAGACACUCUCUUUGGGAAGUCCAGACACCACCCCUGCUGGAGAGAACCUCUUCAUAGAAGCGCGUGUGUGUGUGUAUACAUGUGUGUGCGCAUGUGUGCGCACGUUCACUCCUCUCCAGCAUAACAGGGUUGCCCGUAGAGCCGCUCCCGCUUUGUCAACCUCACAGGAAGUCGGGUGCUUCCCACACCAUUUGUUUUCCUUCUUUAUUUCUUUUUCUGAGAAAGUGAGAGAACUCAAGGCUCCUGGUCUAGAUGGUCUGUGUGAUGGUCUCUCAGUGUAAACUGUUCAAUGACGAUGUGCCUUUGUUUCCAAAUACGGUCCCGGUAAACAGUGGUAACUUCACAGGACUCAGUCAAGCUCAGGCUUGAGGGAGUCGUCCCAGUUUAUCGGCUCUUCACACGCAGAGGGGCUGUGCUGUAACAUAAUAAUCAUCAUUCCUCGUUUCUUAGUUUUAUGACUCUGUGGGCUUUCCAUGGAUUAGCCUCAACAAGUGUCUACAGUAGGGGUAGGGAAAAACAGCAUAUUGUUCAUGAGCAUUGCAACUUGGAUCACCAUGCUGAUAGAAAAUUUUAUCUUGAAAUGAAUUAAUGGCUUUGACAUAAGGGGAGGUCUCACUGAGGGAGAUCUUAAAGGAAUAUGCCAGCGUUUUUCAUCCUCAUUACUAUCCACCAGAUCAGUAGCAUAUGUGCUUACCAUGGAUAAGAUGGAUGGAUACCAUGGAACAAAAAGUUGUUUAGUCAAAAUACUUAGAAUAAAAGUCUAAGGGCAGUUGUUAAAUGUCAUCAAUAGAAAAGAAUAGGUGAACAAAUAAAAUCUGCCACUUUAUGAUGCUAAUUCAAAAAAACAACCAUUACACUCUAGCAAUAAAGGUCUUGCCAAAGCUGGAUCCAAAUUCAUCCAUAAAGGUGAAGAUAAUAUUUGUCCUGAACAGUCUUUGCCUUUCUCAUGGUGUUUUAUGAAUGAAAUCGGCUCAUGGGUUGUUCUAAGCAUCGUGGAGAACCUGUAAUGGAGAUAUUCAUAAGCAACUGCAGAACAGUCAUAAUGAUGUUUUUAUCUGAAAGGUGGUCAUAAAGACAUUUUGGUAGCAUUUAAUUUUCUAGAAAAUUAAUGUAUGCAAAUUAAAAUUUGCUCAUUUCUGACUCACUGACACACUAAUGCAGAGCAUUAAACAAACUAUAUAUAUAAAAACUGUCAUGUGUCUAGGACUUUUAGGUAUUGAAGUAUUUUGCUAAAUUAAUUAUUAAUUUAUUGACUGCCCCAACAGCUGCCCUUAGGCUUCCAUUAUAAGUGACUUUGUAAUAAAUAGGUUUUCUGUUCUUUUCUCAGUACAAGGAAAUUUUUGUCUGUGGUAAUCACACAUACACUACAGACGCGGUGGAUAGAUUCUAGGUUAAAAAAAAAAAACUGUUUAAGCAAGAUGUACUCAUAUUCAGCAAAGAUUACAAUAUCAGAUCGCAUUACUUUAAAAAUCAAACUCUCAGCCCGAGGUUUCUGCCGUUCUCACUCUGACUGUAUGUGAUGUGAAGAUUUUUCCUCAGUUCAGAUUCGCUGCUUGUCUUAAAGCUGGAGGCUCAGACUUCUGAGGUUCUGUAAAGUUAUUCAAUCCGUGAAUGAGUUUAAUCUUAUCUAUGUUUUCUGCUACAUAUUUUUAAAUGAUUGUUUCUUUUCUUCCACUCGCAGCGUGCUCUCCUCUGAAGACAUUUUUAAAAAUAGUGUUAUAAUAUUUAAUUAUAUUAUAAUAUAAUAAUAUAGUAUUAUUAUAUUAUAAUAUAAUAUUUGAAUAUUAUUCCUAGUUCAGUUAAAGUUCCUCCAGGACUCGACUUGUACAUAGAAUGACUUUAAAGUAAAUUAUUUAUUGAACCAUUUACCGCAUUUCUCUGUGGCUUUACAUCUAAAUACGAAUGGAUUUUAUUAUAUUGUGUCUAAUUUCUAAAGCACCUUUAAAUAGCUAGUUAAACCCCCGAAACUGUAUGAUCUAAUUGUUCUAUAGGUUUCUAUACAUUUAUAUUACAGUAUUUAUUGGAAGCAUUAGGUUGUGAUAUCUAAGUUUGUUUUAGUUUUAACCGUGUCCUCGUUCAUGAAGAGGACCUCCAACUGAUCUGAUCUAAUAGAAUUGUACAUUUUGUGCAAUGGCUACAGUAUAAUAUUUUAUGUUCCAGGGUUUUUAUUUUGUUUUGGUUGGAUGCUUCUGCGGGUUUUUUGUACACACAGAACGUAAGAUGUCACUGUCGUGUAAUGCAAACGUUGUAAUGUUCCAACAGAAGUAGUGAAGUCCGAUUCAAUCUGUCAUCAUGUGAUUAAUUAAAUAGCCUAGAUUUAGAUUAGAUGUUAAAAUGGAUGAUACUCAAGAAAGGUCGCAAAUCCGACUGAUCUUUUUGCAGUGUAUUUAAACGAACCUCAGACAAGCUGUACCAGAACUGCAGCGAUUCAGUUCAGCUUUUUCAGGUUUAAGGGAUUUUUUUCUGUCUUUUAAAAAAGGAUUUCUUUCUGUUAUUUAUGUAUUAUUAGCCUUUUUUUGUUUAAGCCAAAUGGAUGAUGGUUAUUUAAGCCACCAAUGGGGACAUGUGGGUUAGUCUGUGUGUUUGGAUGAUCAGGAGUUUUGAAAAUUCAUGUAAGUCAGAGAACAAAACCCUUUUCUGAAAUCAAAACCUUUUCACACUCCUGCUUUGACGAUGUGAUCUACCUGAAGGGGUGGCUCUGUAUGAUUUAAAUAUAUAUUUUAUAUAGAGUUAUGUGGAACAAAUACUAGUUAUUUUUAUUUACUUACUGUACAUUUGGUGACGGAGGCUACAAAUGAAUCUUAAGCCAGAUGUGAUGCAGAUUGAUAGAUUAAUAUUUUUAAGGAUUUUGUUUUUUUGUCUGUGAUUACUUGAAACAUGUUGGAGUGUUUCUCUGAGGGUGCCUGCCUAAUUUUUUUGUUGUUGUUGUUGUUGAUGGGUGAAGAUAUGAUCAUUUUCACAAAUUUUAUGCCUUUUCAUUGAUGACGCGAGCACUACAAAGCAAAAGGAAAGUCUGUCUUAUGUGCUUUUGCUGUCUUUAGUUUCAGGUCACUAAAUUUUAAAUAAUGGAGAGUAAAGGGUUUUCUUUUGUUUGUUUAUUUUUGGGCUACUUCACCAAAUGGAGAAUAGUAUUAGGCGGAUUGCAGGGGUGCGUGUGUGUGUGUGUGUGUGUGUGUGUGUGCGCGUGUGCAUUCUGUACUGCUAAAUAUGUCCUUUUGUUCUUUCAGGUGCAGAAUGAUUUUAGAAAUUCAUUAUGUAUAGUUUUUAAAGUGUUUGCAAACAAACUAUUUAUGAACAUGAAAUGCAGCGGGGAUUAAAGUGCAAAAAAAGCUAAUAAACGUUACACAGUGAUGCAUGGUUUUAAAGGAACAGUUCAGCCAGAAGUGAAAUGUACACCAUUUUCCACUUGGACCAAACGUACUCAGUCAGCCAGACUGUGUUUUGCAUCUAAAAAAAAAAAUAAAAAAUCACUUCUUUAGUUUAGCGCCAUCACUUCAGUCUGUUGGCCUGCUGUUAACAAAUAAUGAAAUUCUUCAUUUUAAACUAAUAAUUCUAUAAUUCUAAUAAUUCUAACAUUACAGCACAGCUGUAUGUAUGUAGUCAUCUUGCUAGUGAACAAGUGUGCAUGGUGCACUCUAAAACACAACACACAAAAAAACAUUAAAGAUAUGUUGGGCAGUAAGGUGGUACGGAAACCCUGAUACUAUCUGUGUUUUCAUGGGUUUCCUGUGGCUUCUCUGGUUUCCUCCACCUCCCAGACAAUGCCAGUAGGUAGACUGGGUACUCUAAAUUGCACCUAGAUGUGAAAGCGUGUGUCCCAUCCAGGGUGUGUUCCUGCCUGGCAGCUUAGUUUUCCUCACACAGGCUUCGGAUCCAUCACGACCCUGACCAGGAUAAAGAACUUACUACACUGAUCGACUGACUACGUUAGGGUGAGGAGAAAAUCCAUUUCUUUUUUGUCAGAACUGUUCCUUUAAAAUUAAACAGUCUUAAAGGACAACACUGAUGUCUGCUGUUUCACUGGUUUGCCCUGUAAUGAAAGAUUCAAGAUUAAGGAGUUUAUUGUCAUUGUCUUGGACAAAUGAAAUUACUGCUUUAAACAGUGCCACCUGAACAUAUGUAAGAUAAACAAAUAUAAAUAUAGAAUAUGUAUAUCUUAUUAAAUUUUAAACGUCCCUAGUACCCUUUAAAAAAUGAUCCUAUAAUCUGCUCCUCUUUGUGUAGAGGCUACAAAUGAUUCAGCUCGUUAGCUGGGAUUUUUAAUACCACCGUAAUACCAGAAUAUUGAAGAUGAUUUAAAAAAGUAUUGUCAGGUUUGUCUGCUUCAUAUUCCAGCAAAGAUGUUUUGUGUGCUGCUUCGUUUAGCAAAACCGAAAUAAAGCAAAUAGAUGGCCAAUAUUAAAAUGCACACAAUUUAUGCUUUUCCUUGUUUGAGUUUUUUUUUUUUCCCUUUUAGUUUUACACUAGAGCUGUGAAGUUAAUGUAUCUAAUACGUAAGAGAUGCUUACAGAUACCAGUUUAGCAUUGUGCAAACUACGUGUGUAAGUCAUUACACACUCGUCUCAAACCGUGUCAAGUUGUUCAGUGUCUCAGAAUUGUCACAUAGUUAAAACAGCAGCCAACUUGAAGCCAGAAUCUUAUUCUUUGUUUUGCUUUGUUUCAUACCACAGCGCUGUUGAAUUCUCGAUUCUGAUUGGUCAAAAGGUGUUGAUUAAUUUUCUAUAGCUGCAGCUCUGACAGUAGUUCCAGUUUAAAUCAAUGCACUCGUUCUAAUGUUAUUGUUUCUAUAGUAACAACUUGUGCAGGGACUUGCAUGGUGGACGCACCACAUAAACGGAUUUUAAAAAGUGUAAUUGUUGAUAGGCUAAAGUUUUCAAUGAAAAGAUGUCUAUUUAGCAUUUGGGAAGGAGUCUCCAGUGUCAGCACUUUGAAACAGUCACAGUUAUAGCUGUAAUUUUGUGCUUAGCACUUUCUCAGUAACAUGACCAGCUGUGAUUAACUUAGAGAAGAAACUGAAGCUGGUGAGGAAACAACUGUUUAUAUCUGUUACUAACUGGUUUCGCAGACGUUCCACAGUAUUAAAUUUUAUUAACAGAUACUAUUAACAGAUAAAAAGGCUUUAAUUGAUAAAAAAGUAAUCAUUGUCUAAUUGAUGAUUUCCUUAUAACAGCAUGCCCCUAAUUGUUUUAUUCUUGAUAUAAUAUAGACUUAUUUUUGCUUGCAAGUUGUUUUAUGUGGUCAAAUGAUGUCUUGAAGCUUGUAUGAUGACAUACUGGUGGCUUUAGGCUUUUUACUUGUAGGUCCAGUGGAAAUAUAAAGUUUGUUCAUCAUGACUAAACGACUACAUUUAAGAUAAUGAGGAAAAUGUCUAAAUUAUUGCUUUAAUAGCUUACAUUUUUACUGUCUUGUGUGUCAAACUAAUGAAACAGUCCAUUUUCAGACAUCUGAGUUGUUCUUAAUAUUAAAUCCAAGAAUCAUCAUUGAUUCACUAUAACAGUGCCUCCUGCUGGUCAGAGAUGGGAAUUUAUUGGCUGACUUAGUUUAAAGAGGUUAAAGUGAAUGUACAGUAAGUGACAGACUGAGUGCUGGUGUUUUUUAAUUAGAACAGAAAUAAACCACAUCAUAAAGCAGCACUAUUACACUGCCCGUGAGUGACCCCUGUAAUCCAGUGUGGACUUAAACACUCCCACAUGCCUGCACCGGUUCCUGCAUUGCUUCAUCUAAGUAUACAGUUAAUCUGUUAAUUAUUAGGCCACAGGUUUGAACAGUGACACAGAUUUAAAAAGGACACAGGACACAGGAAUGAUCUUUGAUCAUCUUGUGUCACGUCUGGAGUGUUGUGUCCUAUGAUUCAGAGCAGUACUCAGUGAGGUGGGUAUUUUUAGUGCAUUUAGGAAGUGAACCCGUUGACCAAGAGUGGCUUUGCAUUUGCAUUCCCUCACUACAGAUAUUAUAAUCAUAAACAGGGUUGUAUGUACUGAUAUGGGUGAGUUUUGGAACUUGUGAAGAACCAGAAUUGAAAUUCUAACCCAUGUGAUGUAAAGAGAGAUUAUACAAAUUGGAUAAAUAUGUGAAUUCACUUGUAUAUAUUUAUAGUUUAUUCUUUUUCAUGUUGUAUUUUCUUUUUUUUUCAGAUGGAAGACAUUUAUCAAUAUAAUACAAUAAUAAAAGAGAAUGUUGUA